UUCUGCAGAACUUCAGCAGGAAGCCAAGAAACAAAGUGUCGGUGAGAGAAGGCCAAGCCGUGGUCCUGCUCUGUGGCCCCCCUCCCCAUCACGGAGAGAUCAAAUAUUCAUGGGUUUUCAACGGGCAGCGUGGCUUCCUGCAACAGGACGCCCGCCGCUUCAUCUCUCAGAAGACAGGCAACUUGUAUAUAGCCAAAGUGGAACCAUCGGAUGCAGGGAAUUAUACGUGUGCAGUGAGAAACAUGAUGACCAACGCCACGGUGUUCAGCUCUCCAACCCCUGUGGUGGUGCGGAGGGACGUGGUGAUGGGUGAAUAUGAGCCAAAGAUCGAGGUCCAGUUCCCGGACACUCUUCAUGUCUCCAAAGGAUCAUCAGUAAAACUGGAAUGCUUUGCUUUAGGAAAUCCCGUGCCUUCCAUCUCAUGGAGAAGAACUGAUGGAAAUCCUCUCCCUGGCAAAAUUAAAAUCAACCCUUCCAAUGGGGCCCUGGAAAUUCCUUAUUUUCGCCCAGAGGAUGCGGGCGUGUACGAAUGCGUUGCUGAAAACAGCCGUGGACGAAACGCUGCCAGAGGACAGCUCAUAUUCCAAAAUGUGGAACAUCUACACUGGGCUCAGACACUGAAAGAUGCUCAUAUGGCAAUUGAUGCUAACCUGCAAUGGGAAUGUAAAGCCAUUGGUAAGCCCAGGUCUACGUAUAGAUGGUUGAAGAAUGGUCAGCUACUAACAGCAACGGGAAGGGUCCAUGUUGAAAAUGGCAGACUGACCAUAUCCAAGAUUAGUUUGUCAGACUCAGGGAUGUAUCAGUGUGUAGCAGAGAAUGAACAUGGAUCCAUUUAUGCCAGUGCUGAGCUCAAAGUUGUAGCCUCGCCACCUGACUUUAACCAACGACCUGUGAAAAAGUCCACCGUGAUCCAGAGAGGGGGGGAGGUGGUGUUAGAGUGUCGCCCCAAUGCUUCACCCAGGGCCACAAUUUCCUGGUGGAGAGCGGGAGAGCCCCUGAGGGACAGCGAGAGACAGACGAUCCUGGAGGACGGGACUCUGCGCAUCACCAAUAUCUCUAAAUCUGAUGAAGGCAGGUACAUAUGUGUGGCCAGAAACCAUUUUGGAGCAUCCAGCAGCACAGGGGCAGUGGUGGUGAAAGAGUCCACAAAGAUCAUUGUUCCACCUCUGAGUUCAGAUGCCACAGUGGGGCAGAGUCUCGUGUUGCCCUGUGAAGUGUCCAGUGAUUCAUCCCUGAGCCCCAUUUUCAAGUGGUUUUUCAACGGUAAAGCCAUUGAUUUCAGUCGGCAGGAGCACUUUGAGAUGAUCGGAGGG